GCACUGCUCAUUUGUGUAGGCGAGCCGACGGAACCAAUAUCAUUUCAGUCCAAAAUGGAAUCCGACAUUUUACGCUUUUACAGAAACAAAUCGGUUUUUGUAACCGGAGGCACUGGAUUUCUGGGAAAAGUGAUCGUUGAAAAACUGUUGCGUUCAACUGACGUAAGAAGGGUAUACCUGUUAAUAAGGCCCAAAAAGAAUGAAACCGUGGAGGGACGAUUUCAGGCCUGGAAGGAUGAGCCGGUUUUCGAGAUUCUGCUCAAGGCUAAACCGGAGGCCCUGAAGCUGGUAACACCCAUUUCAGGAGACUGCAGCGAACCCGGUCUGGGUCUCAGCGAUGGAGAUCGCAGGAUAGUGACCACCGAUGUGCAGGUGAUCAUCCACAGUGCCGCCUCCAUUCGCUUCGUUGAGCCGCUCCACAGGGCGCUCAACAUCAAUACACGUGCCACGCGCCUAUUAAUUCAGCUGGCCAAGGAGAUGAAGGGCUUAGAAGCCUUCGUGCACAUCUCCACGGCCUUCUCCAACUGCCCCUCGCAGCACAUUGAGGAGCGUUUCUAUCCGGAGCACCUAUCGUGCCCGGCGGCCAAGGUGCUCGAAUUCAACGAGACUUUGAGCGCAGAUCUGGUGGACAACAUGGCUCCGGCUCUGAUGGGCAAGUUCCCGAACACCUAUACAUACACCAAGGCACUGGCCGAGCAGGUGAUCCAGAUGGAGGCCCAGGACCUGCCUAUCUGCAUUUUUCGUCCUGCGAUAAUCUUGGCAAAUUUCAAGGAGCCUAUGUCCGGAUGGAUUGACAACCUUCACGGAAUCGUCGCCUUGAUAUACGGCAAUGCCCACGGGAUACUUCGCCUCUUAUAUGUCAAUCCUAAGGCCGAUGCUUUAAUAGUUCCCGGCGACUAUUGUGCCAACGUGGCACUGGCUUCCGCAUGGCAGGUGGCAAAUCAUUCGGAAACGCCAACGUCCUCUCAGUUGGCGGCAAAGAAGCCGCCACCCAUUUAUACCCUUGCCACCACCAAGUCAAAUUCCAUCACCUUCGGGGAAGCGGUCAAGUUGGGCAUCGAUCACAACCAUAAGAUUCCGGUGACCAAAACGAUUUGGUAUCCCUUUGCCCACUUUACCACCUGCCCGUGGCUGUUCAAGCUGGGCUGCAUAUUUUAUCACCUGAUUCCUGGUUUCUUCUUUGAUCUCCUCCUGCGCAUUCAGGGUAAAAAGCCCAUUCUGAUGAGGAGUUAUCAGAAGAUCCACGAAGCACUGUUGUUGCUCUUUCCCUUUAAUGGCAUCUCGUACGUGAUGGAUAUGAGGAAUACCAAUCAGCUAUGGGAUUCCAUGUCGCCGGAGGACAGAAGCAUAUUUCCCUUCGACAUGGCCACUCUCAACUGGGAGGAGUACUACAAGCGCAUCUUGUCCGGCAUGCGGGUGUUCCUCUUCAAGGAAUCCUGGGACACCUUGGAAUACGCUAAAAAGCGAUUAUUCAGGUUUUAUCUGUUGCAUCGAUUCCUUCAACUUGUACUGUGCCUGGCUUUCGCAAAGUUUUUAUGGAUCCUGUACAGCUUAAUUGUUAAUUAUUACUUUAAGAGCAUUGAGGUUAACCUGCCGUCUCCGGUGGUUCAUCUUUCAAGUAUUGAAUCCAAUAUUUGAUGGUCCUUUUUUGAUCGAUAUAUUACGGUGUUUAUUGUUUCAAUUACCAAAAAUACAGUUAUAUAUACGAACUUGA